CAGGCUUCAGCACAAAAACAGGAUAAACCCUCACUGUCCAGCUUAAACCCUAAUCUCCAACAAUGGAACUGCAGUCAUUUUGCCUUGGAAUUUCAGCCCCGAAUUUCAGAUUAUCAAAUCGGCGCCCCUUCUCAUAUAAAUCUCUGUCUACAAGUAAUUUCCUGUCAAGGGAUCAACGACUUCGUCUUGGAAAUGCAUCCAAAUUGUAUACCAUGCCUAAUUCCCAGAGUGUGUUUAAGGGGUCGACAUUGUUGAGCUCGAAAAGAGGAACUAUAGCAUGUGCUUCCACUCCUGGUACUGUCUCAAACUGGAAUCUGUCGGAAAGGGGACAUUUUGAUGCACUGAUAGGCAGGUUUAAUGGGGCAGAGCCGUUCCGUGGUAAAUCAGGUUCUGUUUCUUUCCAUGGGCUAUCUCAUCAGCUGGUAGAAGAGGGUAAAUUGAUGUCAUCCCCUUUUCAAGAAGAUAAGACCUCAUUCCUCUGGGUUCUAGCUCCUGUGGCAUUGAUAUCCUCAUUGAUUCUUCCACAGUUCUUUCUUGCUAAUUUAAUUGAGGCCUUUGUCAAGGAUGAAAUGCUACUCGAAAUUGCAGUCUCCUUAUCUUUUGAUGCUGUGUUUUAUGGGGGUCUUGGAAUAUUCCUUCUUGUAACCGAUUAUGUCCAAAGGCCAUAUUUGGAGUUCAGUGCAAAGAGAUGGGGUCUCAUCACAGGUCUAAGGGGCUACUUAUCUUCUUCUUUCUUUACAUCGGGAUUGAGGGUUGUUGUUCCCCUCUUUGCAGUCUAUGUAACUUGGCCAGUGCUUGGUUUCCCUGCUUUGGUUGCGGUGGCUCCUUUCCUUGUUGGUUGUGCAGCUCAAUAUGUCUUUGGGAGACUUCUUCAGAGGCGUCAAUCAUCUUGCUGGCCUCUAAUUCCCAUUAUUUUUGAGGUAUAUAGAUUGUAUCAGUUAACCAAAGCAACUCAUUAUAUUCAGAACCUGAUGUUCUUAAUGAAAGACACUGCAGUAUCCCGAGAAAUGAUAGAGAGAGGCAGCGCACUGGUUGGGAUGGUGGUGACAUUCCAAGUCCUAGGUGUGUUUUGCCUUUGGUCAUUGGUGACAUUUCUUAUGAGGCUUUUUCCCUCUAGACCUGUUGCAGAGAACUAUUGAUGUCUGAAGCAAAUGUACAUUCUGUUUCUACAGCGUUCUGUUAGUCUUGGAAACUUUUAAUUGGAAUUGAUUUUGAAUAUUCAUGUGAUCUAAUUGCAACUCUUUGGUUUUUAUGCCCAAAGCGGAUUCAGCUAGUAAUGCAGAAUAAUUCUAGAAGCAUUUA